GCCCAUUUCCCCAAUUCUUGACUACCUAUGGAUCUCGAAACUGAAAUCGCAGUUUCUGCUAUGUAAAAUUGCAUCUAAUGCAUUGGGAUUUAUUCAUGAAACCCCUGAGUCAGUUUUCUUGCUUAACAUGCACAUUUUCUCGGUAAUAUCAAGUCUCAAUUAUCUAACGGGUAAUGAUCAGCUCCCUUCACUCAUUAAUAUUGCUUGGUCAUUCAAACAAUAUAUUUUUCCUUCAGUUGGGUAAUUAUGCAGAUUUCAAUGUCCAUGCAAGUAAAAGUUUAGUCUGCUUAGUACAGCGGUCAGUUAGUUUUCUUAUUAGGGCAGCGAUUAGCUGGGUGAAAAUGCUACGUUGUGCUGUGCUGUUUUUGAGUGUUGUCGAAGUUUUAAAUUACCAAUUGAGCCCUAUCGUGACCAUUAGCGAUGGAAGAGUUCAAGGAAUCGUGAACAGUUCAGUUGGAAGCAAUAGAGAAUACUACGCAUUCAGAGGAAUUCCUUUUGCCAAGGCUCCAAUUGGGAACUUACGCUUCAAAGCCCCAAUACCAAACGAUCCGUGGAGCGGAAUACUGAAUGCAACUGAAACUAAGGAACAAUGCGUGCAAAUUUCUGGCAUUCUUGGACUUUCCAUUACCGGCUCGGAAGACUGUCUUUACUUGAACGUGUACACAACAAAAAUAUCGGGCAAUUUACCGGUAAUGGUAUGGAUCUUUGGAGGCGGAUUUACCAUUGGAGGAGCCGAAUACAGUUCGUACGCCCCCGAUUUCAUUUUGGACAGGGAUAUUGUCUUCGUUUCACUAAAUUAUCGACUAGGGGCGUUUGGAUUUCUCAGCACUGGCGACUUGAGUAGCCCAGGCAAUUGGGGCAUUAAAGACCAAAUUUUGGCAUUGAAAUGGGUGAAGAAGAACAUUAAAAGUUUUGGGGGAAACCCCAACAGAAUUACCAUCGUGGGUCAAAGUGCUGGCUCAGCGUCCAUUUCGUAUAUUUUACAGGCCAGAAAAACUAAGGGUUUGUAUCAUGCGGCGAUAAUGCAAAGUGGAACAAGUCUUUGCUUGUGGUCGUUAACGCGCACUGCACGAGAAAUCGCCUUUGCUUUGGGGGCUAGAUUGGGCAUUUUUACUGCAGAUACUCGGGAGCUGGUUGAGGAAUUGAGGAAAGUUGAUUAUCAACGACUGAAGCGAGCAGAAAAUGAUGUUUUCUAUGUGGCUAUAGCUGUCGAUAAUAUUUUUAAUGGUUUACCGAUGGGCCCGGUAGUUGAGCCAGAUCACGAAGAAGCUGUGAUAACUGAAAAAAGCCAUGAACUGUUACGAACUGGCCAAUUCAAUAAAGUGCCUGUAAUAGUGGGCAUCAAUUCGAAUGAGGCAAAAUCCUUUCUAGGACUUUUCAUCGAAAUCAUUAAGCCACUUUUCACUCGAUAUGACUUGAAUAUUGCCAUGUUGGCGCCGUAUGAUUUGAGCAGAAAUUCCACCAAACGAACCCUGGCCGGUACUGAGGUUAAACAGCAUUGGUUUGGAGAGGAACCCAUUGUUACUUAUCCUUCAAUUAAUAUAAUAAAAUUUGUUAGCAACGAGCAUUUUAACAGGCCAAUUAGGGAAACAGUGAAUCAGAUGUCCAAAUAUACGGACGUGUUUUAUUACGAAUUUGGCUAUAGAGGGUCUUUGGGGGAAUUCGAAAAUGAUUUUGCUGGUGUGGGGCAUUACGAAGAAAUAUUUUAUAUAUUCGCUAACAAGCCAAACGCCAAUAAUGACGAUCAAAUUGCCAGAAGACGUUUGCUGGAGCUUUGGAGCAAUUUUAUUAAAUUCGGUAAUCCCACUCCUACUUCACUGGAAGGGACUGUUUGGCAGCCAAAUGGCCCUAAAAGCAGAUUGAAAGACAAUUUGCUAUAUUUGAGCAUAAAUUCCACUCUAUCAAUGCGACAAAACCCAUAUCAGAGCGAUUAUGAAUUUUACCAGGACUUGUAUCAAACCUACGGCGACCCGCCUUAUUCGACGUAUUAAAAUUACCGAAGUUCCUUUAAAUAAAAUUUUAUUGUAUAA